AUGUCUCAUCCAUCAAGAUUGAAGCAACCCAAACAUCGCUAUUUAAUGCAAAAGCUACGUGUUGUGGAGGCAACAAAAUGGGAUCGUCCUUUUCGUAAAUCGAAGGAAUACUGGAAGAAGUUUUGCGACGAUGAAGAGAAAAGAUUAAUUAGAGUAAGAAACUCAUUUCCAAAAUCAUCCUACCUUCCUAUCAUUCCUAUUUUGCGCGAUUUUAAAACAGACGUUCGCGAUAUCACAGAUUCUUCCAUUCCUCGAAGGUUCGAUGAAAACGUACUUCUCGUAGAUUCGAAAUCCUUCGAAGCGCCGGAUAUCUCUUCAACAAGAGACGAAAAUUUUAUUUCUAAUGCUAGAGAGCCAAUAGUUAAAAUCUCUCCUCCCACCCCAAAGAAACCAUCAAAAAAUGACGCAAUUACAAUCGCUAGGACAAAUGCAGAGGAACAACAUACGCUUGUUACUAUUCAAAAUAAAUCUAGAAUCAAAAAAGUAGAUUCGUAUAAAGAACCAGAAUCGCUUGAUGUUUCUUCCAAAAAUUCUAUCAUACCACAUGACGGAUUGAGAGAUGGAAGAAUAUAUUCAAAGAGGACGUGUCCUUUUCAUAGAUAUGAACCCGUGGUGAAAAUUUUUGACGACGAUAUCAAAAGAUAUUUGACGGAAGAUCCGAGAGCAAACGUGUCGCUGGGAGAAAAAUUGAACAAAUUGCCACAUGUGCAGGAUGCGUCUAAAUAUGAUAAAGAUAAGAACAGAAUAACUUCUAUCGAGAGUAAGAAGAUCAAAAGGAUUACUGUUCCACAAAAGACGUUGGAGUAUUAUCUGGACAAUGCUGUUGAUUUAAGUGAUACAAGUGGAACUACAGAGGUCAAAUCUAAAAAUAAGAAAAAUUAUAUACUCGACAAACAAUACAAUUUCAGAUCUGACGUUUAUACAUCGAAAUUUAAAUUUUCUUCUGGCAAAACAAAGUCUACAAAAGAGAUAAAGUCCAUGGAUGGUUUAAAAAUUGCAUCGUCGUUUCCAAAAUCGUUUCAACCCCGAAAUAGAGUUAAAAGAACAUCUAGCAAAGUAAUAAAUCAAUCGUCGAAUUUACAGACUCUUAAAAUUCGGGAAAAGCUUAUCGAUAAAUCAGAAUGA